CGAAAAUUUAUUUUUUGUUAACCCAUAAAUCCCUGUCUGAUUUACUGUUCUUGCGGCUGUGGGGAGUCUUAACUCAGGCAGAGUUCUUCCCAUUCUGAUACUUUUAUAGAUUUGGGGGCUCCAUGGAAAAGCAAACGGAGAUCCAGCCGAACCGAGAUAUAUGACGAGCACAGAUAAGGGAGACCCUUUUCUUGAUAUGCUUGUGCUGGGCGUGACGCGCGAGGUAGAAGCUGGGAGUGGAAGCAUUUGUUCUUGAUUGGGUAUAAAGGACUGGGAAUGGAAGGAAGUUUGCAGCAGCAGUAGGAGUUGGGGAGUUUCAUGGCGAAAUGGUCGGUUUUGAAACAUGGGUCUGUUCUGGAUUCCUCUGACAAUGGUGGAUUCUCUGACCCCGAGAACCGUCCUCUGAUAAAGGACAGAGUGGAUGAUUCCAGGAUAGAGUAUAUCGAUAAGCUGAGAUCUUUAUUCUACAAGGUCCUUGUGGCAUUCCUAAAGGAUGUUGCUGAUCGGGCUUGCGUUCAUCCUGUCCUUGCAAAGACCGGAGACGGGCAGCUCGUGGAUUUGUUCGAGCUUUACUGUACGGUUCGGAGGAGGGGAGGAUACGGGGCUGUUUCUGAGAGUGGAGAGUGGGGUUUGGUGACAAGGGAACUCGGGUUCGAUGGGAGCUAUAUCUCUCUGUUGAAAUUGAUGCACUUUAAGUAUCUGAGUGAGUUCGAUACAUGGCUCAGAGAUAGAUGUAGAGAUGUGCUUGUGGAAAAUGAGAAUUUGGAACGUGGCCUGAAUGAUUUCGGGUCAUUGUCUCUGGAGCUUGAAAUGGGGUUCAAAGUUUUGGUGUUCGAUGGUGUGGAGGAAGCAAAUAUUCAAUAUCGUGCUCUGUAUGCUGAUAACGAAUCUAAAGCGAGCCACUGGGUUGCAACAGGCCAUAAUAUUACCGAGAGUCUUGCAACCGUAGGCAUGGGAUCCCCUGAUAUGGUAUCCCGGAAGAGGAAGCAAGAAUCUCUCGAAAGAAUGCUUGCCUGGGUUGUUGAUGUUGCAAAACAUUCUGACGAUCCUAGGGUCAGUCUAGUUCCCGAGCAAUCAAAGCUAAGGAUGCAAGCAUUGCUGGCACGAGACUCGUUGUUUCAACGAAGAAUUAGGCAAACCAAUUUGAGGAUUCAAAAUACUCCUCUUCAGAAGAAACUAAAGUUACAGCCUUCUAAUUGUUCGGAUCGUAAAGAGAGCUCAAGAUGCAGUCAGAGUCUUCCUAUUCUUGCAAAGUCUUGCUUGUCCUUGCCGUGCUACUCACUUCCCAUCUUUCAAGCUCGAUCUAUUGGUCCUAAGAAACAGCUCGAAAAUUGCCUCAAAACCCAGGCAGCCCACAGACUGACAGAGCCAAAGGAUGAUUGCACCAACACAUAUUGGACGAGUAUCUUCUGUUGCGAUGAACCAGACCCAACUCCUAAACCUACUGGUCCUCUCUUUCAAGCCAAAGUUCCGGAAUGGACAGGAAUCAUUUUUGAGAGUGACCCUAAGUGGCUCGGAACAGAGUUGUGGCCUCCUCAGAGAGAUGCGGAAUCUUUAGGUAGGGGAAGGGUGAACUCGUGUUCUUGUCUUCUUCCUGGUUCAGUUGAAUGCAUUAGGUUUCAUAUUGCGGAGGAGAGGAUGAGCCUGAAGCUCCAACUGGGUUAUUCACUCUUUUAUGAUUGGAGAUUCAAUUGUAUGGGUGAAGAAGUUUCGCUUCGGUGGACCUCUGAAGAGGAAACGAGGUUCAAGGAUAUAGUUAGGUUGAAUUCCCCGUCCCAGGGUAAGUGCUUCUGGGACGAUCUGUUCAGGUAUUUCCCGAAGAAGACAAGGGAAGACUUAGUGAGCUAUUACUUCAACGUGUUUCUUCUUCGGCGCAGGCGUUACCAGAAUCGCGUGACCCCAGAGGAAAUUGACAGCGAUGAUGAUGCUGCGGAUUUUGGAUCUUUUGGGGACUAUUCGGAGCGUGAGAGAGUCCAAAUUCCUGAUUUUCCUUCGUGCAGUUUAAAUCAACAGUGCACUGACUGGGAAGCAGAUGAAGAUGUGGAUUAAGAAUCUGUAUUGGUUGAAUGUCUUGAUGCGUGGAAAUGAUUCUUAUUUUACGGAAUUCGGUCCUUUAGACCUCUAGAAAGCUGCUACUGUGAAAUCCUUGAGAUCUCCAGAUUUUAAAACGGUGUAAGAUCAUCAAGCACUCGGGAGAUGACAAUUUUGAAGAUGAAUUUGCUGCUCCUGUGGUGCCGGAAGCAACUCCACUGUUGUUCUGACGAUCCACCGAUAGAAUCCGAGGAAUGUGUAGACAAAUUUUGUUAGCAGUAGCACUAAAAUGCUGUAGAAUUCUAGCACCCUAAUGUACUGUCUCGGCUGUAUGAAGACGUUGUUCUGGAAAAAUUUUGCUCGCCUUCUUUCUGUAGAAAAGUGUUCGGGAUCCAGUCCGAGGAAUCCUGUGUAUGUACCAAGUUGUACUCGAGGCAGCAAGAGGGAGUUGUAUAGGGAAGGUGGAAAUCGAAGCUAGAGCAAGUUGAAUUCAUGUAGAAUUUUGUACUCAUCAUCUCAAUGUGUGCGUUCGAGUUGCAACUUAGAUUGCAUAUGGCGGAUCCCUUUGUUCACAUCCGAAGACUUGUCACUUUUCCAGUGACUCUUGUUUUUGAUGGAAUGGACUGGGCAAUAUGUUCAGAUCAAA